AUGCUGGUGAAUACUAACAACAGUGAAGAGAUGAUCGUGUCGCCAGGCGGAAGUACAUCUGCCAGCGCGAGCGACGGAGAAGAUAGUAAGGGUCGGGUGUUUGUUUGCACUAUGUGUUCCUACCGUACUGACCGCAAGAACAACCUCAAGCGUCACAACCUCACCAUGCACGAGAUGUCUCCUGCGUUACUUGAGUGCUGUGGCUUCCGCUUCCUUAACAAGGCCGAGCUGAGGAUGCACACGCAGAAGUUUCAUCGGGACGGCUACCACUGUACUGUGUGCAGCCGCGUCUUCUGCCGUAAGGCUCUCCUCAAACGACAUUACUCCGUGCACUCAGGAUACAAAGAGUUUUCCUGUCGUCAUUGUUCCUAUGAAACUAGUCACAAGAGUAACCUAGAACGUCAUAUGCGUGUUCACCAAAAAAAUGGUGGACCGUUACCGCGUCAUUUACUGGAUAGCGGAUACCUGCCAGAGCUACAUCAGCAAAGUCCCCCCUUUCCACCCACCAUGGCUCUGCAUAACCCCUUGUUGCCCGCCCAACCCUUCCAACUGUACACUGAUCAUCAUACAGGCCAGCUCUUGUACCCAACGCCGAAGAACGCUCCGUCUCCCUGGACGAUCUUCCCCGCGCUGCCGCCGCCGCCACCACCACCACCACCCCCCCUGCCCACAACUCUGCCCCAACAUCACCCAUACACAUCUCAAGCAGCUUACCUACCUAGUCAAAACCCUCACACACAUUACUUUAAGCAGGCCAGACUCUCUCCUAGGAGGAGCGGUCCUUCCCACAACUUCAGCGUCUCUGCGCUGCUUGGAGAAGACCACCAGAAGCGGGAGAGAGACAUGUCAGCGCUGGAGCCGGUCGCACCCUCCGCCGCUCACGUCCACGGUUCCUCCUCCAAGGCGGUCAUCCCGGAGAGCUGCGCCCCCACCAUCACCUCUCACGGCAACAUUCCUUCAACACACGCCUACACAUCUAGCGGAGUUGUCAGACCCACGCCCGUUCACGCCCGCUCUCCCUCCUUUGCCCUGGACUUGACUCGCGCCAGUUCCUCUACGGACAUGCAGGCGUGUGUCUGUGAGUACUACUGUCACCAGGCUGCCCCAGUCCCCAGCUUGUCUCUCCAUCUCUCUCCUCGGCCCCCUGUCCCCGUCAACACCCUCCCCCAUACCUUCAGCACGCCCAGUACCGGCAGCGGCUCCCCCACACCACCUCUUGCUCAAAAUCCCCAGAGGGACCUUCAUUACGCAAGUGAGGCGUCCUCUGGCUACGGAUCUUCCGAGGUGGUGGAGUCACCCAGGUGUCGGGAAGAGGAUCAUCCUCCACAACAGGACCAAAAAUGUGUCCAGAACCUGAAACCACACUUACAGCACCACCUGCCGCCCGAGCACAUGGAGGUCGACCAACAAUAUGUUCCUAAAAAAUUGCGGGCGUCAAAAAAAUUCAAAGAUCUGCAGAAGCAGUCUGGUGAGGGUGUGUGA